AUGGCGGCCUUCUUGCAUCAGCUGUGUUGGAGAAAUGCCCUCACAAAUAGAGUCUUCAGUGUAUCCAAACAUUUGUUUCCUUCAGUCAAUCUUCAUCGGUAUUCUUUAUUGCAUGCGGGUCAAGAGAGAGUCUUGUCGACGUCGGUUAAAGCUCGUGAACUCGAAGAAGAUGCACCACGUGGCUUGCCAAGCGCUCGUUCGUCUUCUUCAAAUUACAAUAUCAACCUAAGAAAAAUUUACGUUGGUAAUCUCUUUAAAGGACAGACUACCAAAGAGAAUCGUCAAAUCGCAAAGGACGAGUUGUUCAAAUACUUUUCGAGUUUUGGCGAAGUUGAGCUCAUGGAAUUUCCCACUAAAUCUCCUCGCGAUCCGUCCGGUCGAGGAUUUGGGUUCGUGACAUUUCGCGAUGUACAUGUUGCUCAAAAAGUCCUGGCAGUCGAAGAACCUCAUAUAAUUGAUGGUCAGACUCUCAAGGUGGCUCCUUUAAGAAAUCAAACUAUGGCUAUUCAAGGAAAAAGAAAUCUUACUGUUCUUGUGAAAAAAGUUUUAAGGAGCACAAGCAAACAAGCAAUCGAAGAUCACUUUUCUCAGUUUGGUAAAGUAAAUAAGGUGUUUUUGGCCCAGCAUGAUCCCGCAGAUGAAAAUCUAAGCAGCUACUAUGUCAUGUUUGCAUCCUUAUCAGGUGUGCAAGAAGCCUUACAACUACCACUACAAAGAAUCGGGGAGCAAAGAACUGAAUCGCAAGUGAUAGAAUUUCCACAGUCAAGCCAUAUCAUUGGAAAAACCAAAAAGCUGGUCCUAACAUCAGUACCAGACCAGCUUACUGUUGAAAAUCUGAGAGAUCACUUCUUAGCAUUUGGGGAUGUAGAGUGGGUGGAAUUACUUGUCAACAUCCCACUUAUGUCUGGUGAAGAGGGAAAACGCAAUGUGGCUUUUAUUCGUUUCUCUUCUGCAGCUGUAGUAGAAGAAAUAACACAGAAGAGUUAUCAUGUCAUUAACGGAUUAGAUGUAAAUGUUGCAAAACAUAGAGACCAAGCUGUUGACCUCCCAGAUAAGCUCCGGCAUUUAAAACUGUCAGUGGAAGGCCUUCCAUUAUCAACAGGUGUAGCUCUUAUAAGGCACUACCUUAAAAAAGCUUUUGACAUUGUGCCAAUUGGAGUAUUUUUUGACAGGCGUCAAGUACUUAGAAAUAACCAGACUCCUUGCAUUGUCAGGUUUUCUGAGCAAAGGGAGGUAGACAUGGUUUUACAAGAACCAAAGGUCACAUUUGAAGGAACUACAUUGCAUUUCCGUCAACUUGUUUGGAGAAAUUCCAGAAAAAACUCUGAUAUACUGGGGAAUUAAAAGAAUUAAUUAAAUGAACUAAAGAGAUUAGCAACUAGCCUGUAUUGCAGAAAUAAUUUAACCUUGGUUAGUAACAUCUGCAAAGCAGCAUUGUGAUCCUUGUUCUUAUUCUGGGUCCCCCCCAGACUUAAUGAAUUAAUAAAAAAGUGUUUUGAAUUUCCUUUCAUCCUGAUUGAUAAAUUCACAAUGGCUUUUCUAACAGGCCAGUCAUGGUGCAUGCUCAAAUCCUGGUAGACAAAAAAAGGCCCAGAACAAGGAUUUUGAUGCUUGUUUUACAGACUGACUUAACCAGAGUUAAGUUUUGUCUGUGAUGCAGGCUAAUGACUCAUCCAGUUAUGGGUUGAUAAAUCAAUAUUAUUUUGAUAAUCUGUUGCCAAUCCUUUGCCUGACAUCAGUAAAACUUCACAUAUUAAUUAUUAUUUUAACCAAACAGAUAGCUCUGAACAGCCUUUUCCCUCUCUCUUUGUAGCAAAUGUAUUUUCUUAUUAAUUUUACAGGCUAUGAAGCAAAGUUUGAACAGAGUUUUUUUAAGAUAUGCUAAUACAAAUAAACUUGACUUUGAUGUAAAUGUGAGCGUGGUGAACAUGACUUUUUCCCCCAUUGUGUUUGACAAUUUUCACUAGACUCUGUUCUUUGUAGAAAAAAUUGGCUUACAAACAGUAGAGGUAAACAACAAUCAUAAUCUGUCAUAAAAGCUGUUGAUAUCUCAAAUGAUACGAAGAACAUUGCAUUUCAGAUUAAGUUCAUGGUCCACAUGGACUUAACCUCCAACAGAGACAGAGAAUUUAUGUUUUUAUGGCUUGUCUGAUUUUCCUCCCCAUAAGACAUCAGCUAAAUGGAGCAGCCAUUUGUUUAAAAAAGCCAAACAUUCACUAACUGUAUCACAUGGAAUCAAUCAUCAAGCUGUACAAAAGCUGGAUAACACUACCACCGGAUAAAUCUCUGUCCAAUGUUUCACGCAAUAUUAAUGGCACAUUGACAACAGCAAUGUUAUUGGUUUCCACAAUACUUAAAUAGUGAUUAAUAUCUGGUAGAUAGCACUAUUCCACAUUUGAACAACCUGUGCCAGCUGCAUAAUAAUGCAUAAUAAUAUAAUAAUAACAUUUAAUAAUGAUAAUAAUAUCCUUAAGCUACAGUUUUUAAAAAGGUGGAUAGCAUCAGAUAAAUCUCUAUCCACUGGAUAGUGCAAUUGAUUUCCCUUAUGCUUAUCCACGGGAUAGUGAUUGAUCCAAUGGAUAGCGUUAUCCAGCUUUUGAAAAACUGGGACCAGAUAGUUAUUCCGCGAGCAAGUCAUUGCCAGAGGGGGGUAGGAAAAAAAAGCUUGCAGGCUACACUCUUUUUAAUUGUAUAAGAAUAUCGAGACUGAAAUUUUGGAAAAUUUAAGAAUAUUUUAGGAAUAAAUCCCAGGCAGAGAUUUUGAAAUGGAUGUUGUUUUCUGUGUUAAAGAUCUCUAAACACAGUACAAUUUAUUAUACCUUUUUAACUGAUUCCUUUCUCUAAACAGCAAAACCAGCCAACAAAAUGAAAAAACCUGGACUAGCUAUAAUUGAUACCCAGUAUAUUCUGGAACGAAAAUGUCAUAAGCUAUAAUUUAGGAAUAAGUACAAGAAUAUUUUCAGCCUAAGAUCGAUAGAAAAAUAAGAAUAUUCAGCCUGGGUGGGAAAAACAACAUUCUUAUAAAAAAUAGAGUGUAUCACCAUGCUAACAAGUAAGGCCAAGAGCAAAGCCACUUGUGAGAAAAGGAGUUUUUACAUAGGAGUCAUUUUCUCAUCAGACUUUAAAGUUAGUGGUCAGCCUUUAACAUAGCUUUUCACAGAUGGGCUCUUGUCUUAGCUCUUACAUCAGCUCAGGGCAGUUCUUCAUUGGGACGAUAGCUGGGGUAUGAAGGAUCCGUAAGAAGUUUGCAUGGAAGGCUAGACCAUGAUCGUCAGUGGUCAUUUGAUUCAUUUGCAAUUUUUUGUUUCCAGUUUUCGCUAUUUAUCAUUCUCGACCCCAGAGCUCUUCUGCGCAUGACGGCACCAGGGUCGAGCAGAUGGUGUGGGUGUGGCAUCAUGGCAUCCUUCUCGUCCCCAAUGCUUAGGGGUUUGGGAAUGCGCGCGUAAGAUCUCUCUCCUCUGCAUGCGCAGAAGAGCUCUGGGUCGAGAUUGAUUGUGGCAUCUUUUGCCACUCGCCUGGGGGUCGAGAUUGGCUGUUUAUAAGGUGUUCACGAGUCUCGAGUGCUUUUCUCGCUUCCCGCGAGACCGCGGCUAAAGAGGAGUACUGGCACGACGAAAGUGCUUCCCAUGAUUCAUUUCGUACUUAA